AUGCAUCACUCACUAUUCUGUUCUGUUUUUAUUUGCUUAGAUUCUUCUUCAAAAAGCCCACAUUUCUCCUCACAGUCAACGUUCAAUGAUCAAUCUUAUAUAAAUGAAAAUGAAUUAAAAAAAACUCCAGAGAAAAUCUUUAAUUUAAAUAAAGAAUAUCAAUCAUACAAUGAAAUCACAAUGAAUGUUGUGAUCAGUGAUCAAGAAGACAAUAAUAUUGAUAAUAUUAAUAAUAAUAAUAAUAAUAAUAAUAAUAAUAAUAAUCACAUUCAUUCUCUGUCAUCCAUUACCCCAUUAAAUCUUUCUACAGAUAAUAGAUCUAUUCAUCAAAACAAAAAUGAUCAUUGUACAUUGGAACAAAUGAAACCUGUUCAACAACAUUCAAGCUUCAAUCAUAAUAAUAAUAAUCGAUUAACAACUGAUAUCCAUUUAGAUCAAUCUGAAAAUCACACAAAUAAUCAUUUAAAUCACACAAUGAUCACAAUCAAAACAAAUAAUGAUUACAAUGUUAACAAUAAUAAUAAUAAUAGUGACGUAAUAACUGAUUGGAAGUCUCACCAGUUGUCUUCACUAUUUCAAAUUGUUGAUAAUCAGACUACAAGUAAUUAUAACACCAGUAAUAAUAAUAAUAAUAAUAAUAAUAAUAGUGAGAAUGAGAAUGAUAAUAAAUCACAAGUUCAUCAACAAAUUGAUACUGAAUCAAAUACAGUGAAUCGUAAUCGUAAUGGUACUACUAGUUCUACUACUAGUACAACUACUACUACAACUACGACUAUUACUACUUCAUCAAUGAAAUCUAGACGAUUGAAAUGUUCGAAAUCAUUGAAAUAUUCACAACAGUAA